AUGUCUCAGCCACAGUCUCACACCCAUGAUCACCCACACGGCGACUCUGGCCAUGACCGUGACCAGCACCAGCACGAUGCGCAGGCCACAUUCGCGAAAGCCAACGCCGAGCACUACGACACCGAGAAGGCGAAGAAAUACGACAACAACCCUUUCUUCCAGAAAUUCGGGAAGAAUCUCGCCGAGACCAUCACGAAGGUUUAUCCUUUCGACAAAGAGAGCACCAAGGUGCUCGACUACGCCUGUGGCACCGGCCUGGUGUCCCGCGAGCUCGCUCCGCACGUCAAGUCCAUCCUCGGGGUGGAUAUAAGCCCGGCCGCGGUUGAGAUAUUCAAUGCUCGUGCGGUCGAGAAGGGCUUCGAGCCUGAUACCCUCCGCGCCAUCCACAAGUUGCUCAAGGGCGACGAAGGAGAGCUCCAGAACGAGAAGUUCGACGUCAUCUUGUGUACCAUGGCGUACCAUCAUUUCCCCGACAUCCUCGAGAGCACGAAAAUCCUCACCUCCCAUCUCAAACCCACCGGCACCCUCAUCAUCGUCGACAAC